CGCCUGGAUUGCGUCUUCAAGUUCAUGAAUGUUUUGAGGCGUACGAAGCUCAACACGCCGCUUGAUGAACGCCCAGAGGUUUUCUAUUGGUGCAAGAUCUGGCAUAGUGUAGCGAUAGCCUGCGUCAUGAAGUUCUCUUCUGCUGGUGGAAGAACUGACGACAAGUCCUUCCUGCGCUGUUAGCUGAUGGGCAAGUUUGUUUGCUGAUUUCAUUGUUCCUUGUGUACGUCAUGUUCACUAGGCUGAUCGAUGGUUUUCAGCUGAUUUUUUAGUCUUCCAUGGGAAGUUCUACGUUCUCCAGCGUCCAAUCUUUUGAGAGUUCAGUAAACAUUAGAGCGAGAAACACGUAAAAGUUGGGAGAUCCUAGAUGGCUUCUUGGUACCAGAGCGGCAUAGUAACAGAAUAUCGCGGCGUUGUCUUUCACGACUCAUUUGACGAUGGAAAAGUUCUCUAAGCGGAUGCGCAUACUAUGGAAUAGCUUUUGUGACUUCUUUUCAGCUGUUUGAGAAACAUUUAGCGCUGGUUUUCUAGUACAUAGCAAAACAAGAAGACUUUCCAAAAAUAGUACAACUAAACUGGAAAUGUGUCAAUAGUUUUGACGUGGACUAUAAGUGCAUUGUGUAGAGUGAGAAUGCGAUUGUAAAGUCCCGUAUGUAUACCAGGUGUUGCAUUGUUGUUCAAGAUGCUCAGUCGACGCAGGCGUUACAUUGUCUUUUGUCUUCUCUGGCUCUCAGCGAUUGUUCUUCUCAAACUAUUGAAAUCGUCACCGAAAGACGAGCCACUUGACGUGUCACGUGGACACGCGAGUCAGAUUGUCUUGACUGAAAGGAAGGCAACUGGCUUGCCGAAAGAAACUGGCAAUGACAGAAUGCCGAUCAGAGUGGACAGCGAGAAUGAGCAUGCGCCCGAAAAAUUGAAAAGCAAAAUGUUGAGAGACGAAAUUGAAGGGUUAGCAGAGAGAUCAAAGAACGUGAAGGUUUCGAUUCCUUCAGACAAAAGCAAAUCUGUUGAAAAACUAAACAGUCAGACAAAAGAUAAGAUUAGAAGGGAAGUGGUUGAUUUCAAUAAAAUUUCUGACGUCAAAUCGGAGAGAAAAGCUCUCGGAGUGAAGAAACAGACACAGCAGGAAAAUGAGCUUAAACGACGCUUUCCUCACAUUAUAAUGAUUGGAGUAGGAAAGACGGGAACUCGUGCUGUCUAUGAGAUGAUCCAGAUGCAUCCGGCUAUACGUGGGCCUCUAAAGGAAAUAAGAUAUUUCGAUCGGAAUUUUAAUCUUGGGAUUGAAUGGUAUAUGGGAAUGAUGCCACAGACGUACACAUGGCAGGAAACGAUUGAAAAGAGUCCCGGAUAUAUUAGGUCACGUGACACUCCGGUGCGGUUAUUGGCCGCUAUGAGGCAGUUCAAUCGAACUCGUGUGAGACUCGUUCUAGUUGUGAGAGAUCCGUUUACUCGAGCUGUUUCUGAAUACUUGGAGUGGAAAUGGUUAAGAAUGCGAACGAAAGUAACUUUGCUGCCAUUUGACAAAUUGGUGCUUGACAAGAAUGGAGAGGUUGAUAUCAAUUGUCCACCCAUUAAUACAAGUAUCUAUAUCUACCAUCUCAACUAUUGGUUGAAAUAUUUUUCCAUAAAAGAUUUUUGUUUUGUGAGCGGUGAGAUGAUUGUUGCAGACCCGUAUUCUGAGAUGCAGCAGUUAGAGCAAUGUCUUGGAUUACGGAGCUACCUCAGCAAGGAUAACUUUGUUUAUGUCCCACAACGAGGAUUCUAUUGCUUGAGGAACCACGGCCGUUCAUGGUGCAUGAACAAAUCGAAGGGCAGAAAACACCCUGAAGUGGAAAAAUCAGUUGAAAACAAAUUGAGGGCAUUUUAUGCUCCUUAUAAUAAAAAGUUGUAUGAAAUUACCGGAAGAGACUUUGGAUGGACAUAACAGGAUGUGUGUAUCGUGAUAAAAAUGUACUUAAUGAAAAUAUAUUUUAGGAUUUUAUUGUUAACUAGUACAAUGAUU